AUGCACCUCCCGGAGUUCAUCCAAGAUCAAUCAAUACAACUAUUCAAGGAAGAUGAAGAACACUCAUUUCCAAAUCCACCACGGAACACCUUCGGCCGCGAUAUCGUCGCUGUAAAUCUCGCCAAAAAAUCACCCAAACUAGAACAACUCAGACUUGUCGAAGAAAGACUCGUGCGCCUCGACGACCUCCGUAAACAGCUGCACCAACAAUAUCCACCGCAGCCCGUGACUCCAUCAUCCAUGUCGUUGAAAUCGCAGCUUCCCCGAGUCCCUUCCAUUCACCACUUCCAAUUUCAAAUCGAAGCCAUUACGGGUCUAUCCAUAACCUUCAGUGACGACAAUAGACUCUCCUUCACCUGCUCCGACCAGAUCCUGAUGGAAUCACACGCUCUUCUCCAAUACUGUGGUUUUGCGAGAGAAGUACUUGAGAAUGUCAGAAAUGGAAGAGAUGUUCAACGUGGAGCAGAGAAGGAAAUAAAUAGUAUCAAUUUCUAA